AUGUCAGGCAUUGGGCGAGGCCUAGUCGAAGCUUGUCUCAAAAGACCCAACAACAUAGUGGUCGCCGCUGUACGCGAUCCAAGUGACCCUACCAGCAAGUCCUUGAACGAUCUUCCCAAGGGACCUUCGAGCUCGCUCAUUGUCGUCAAAAUCAACAACACCUCCGAGACCGAUGCGGCGGAUGCGGUCCAGGAACUCGAAACCGUCCACAACAUCAAAUCUCUCGACGUCGUCAUCCCAAACUCUGCUGUCGGACGAAUCUUUGUGAGGGUUGAGGAUGCCCAAACUUCUGAUCUCCUGGAAUAUUAUCACGUCAAUGUGAUAGGCGUUAUCAUCCUGUUCCGUGCCGUCCUUCCGUUACUCAAGAAGUCUCAACGAACCCCCAAAUUCAUCCCUAUGGGGUCCUCGGCAGGCACAAUCACCGAUCAGGAGAAAGUGAACAUUCCAAACGCAGUGUACGGCACUUCGAAAGCUGCCUUGAACUAUAUCGUCAAGAAGAUUCACCUCGAGAACGAAUUUCUGGUCGCCUUCCCAAUGCAUCCUGGUUGGGUCCAGACAAAGAUGGGUAACGAGUCGGCACAGUCGUUCGGCUUGACGGAAGCCCCGACUACCAUCGAGGAGAGUACGACUGGGUUGAUGAAGCUGAUCGACGAAUCCACCAGGGAGUCUCAUUCCGGCAAAUUCGCUUCGUACGAUGGUACAUUCUUCCCAUACUAG